GGGUAGUGCGGGGGACGUAGUCUCUUCCUGCACAACUAGCACCAAAUCCGGACUCCCAGAACGUGUCUUGUAAAGAUGCAAAGUCUCAUAAGCAGUCUGAUGAUUCGCUGAACACCAAUCAUGAGAGUGGAGAGGGAGCGACGCCACUGAGUCAGGGCGCUAGAGUCAGAGUCACAGACUCUCGGACCAUGUGUCAGUAGCUCAACCUUCGCUCAUCAACCGCACUUUAGCGACCACUAGCUCAACGCCAACCAAGAGUUGAUUAUCCCUUCACUCGGGAGAAGAGACCCGGCAUUCUGGCUCGCGAAUGAUGAUGGCCUCGAUGCAGACGUCUAGCCCUUUGGCUAGACUACUUACGUGGUUGGCAUGGGGUGCUGCAUCGCACCCAUUUGCUCUCGCAACUGAGCACCAUCCCAACACUUUCCGAAAGUGCAUGGGAGACUUGGGAGGUUCCGCCUCGGAUGGAAAACCGGGGAGCUCACUUGGCAUAGGUGGCCAAAGGGUUCUCGGGUUGCCUUCCAAAGGUUGCGUUGAUCCUCAGCCACUGACCUGCAACAAACUCGAGAUACCGCCAAUUGAUGGCUUUGAUGUCAUAGUUACCGAGAGCAACGAGGUCCACGACUAUGUUCUACCAACUGACCCAAAUUCGAAAAUCGACUUCUGCAACUUUACUUUGACACUCAACCACCAUGGCGCAGACGAUGUUGUGUUUGUGAGCAUGUGGUUACCCCUCGCAGAUACCUGGAACGGCCGCUUUCUCGCCACCGGUGGUGGUGGCCUUGCUGCGGGUACGUUUGCCUCAGCUCUCGCUGGCCCCGUAUCCAAGGGAUUUGCUGCCGGCUCAACGGAUGCCGGGCUAACGCUGAACCACACGAUUGACGCGAACUCUGGUCAAUGGGCUCUCAGAGCCAAUGGCAGUAUCAACGAGCCAUUGAUCGAGAACUUUGCUACGCGGUCUAUCCACGAGAUGGCACUUAUCGGCAAAGAGGCCGUCAAGGCAUUCUACGGUACCAAACCCCACCACUCUUACUACAGCGGCUGCUCCCAGGGUGGACGGCAGGGCUACUUCGCUGCUCAAUACAGUCCCUAUGACUUCGAUGGUGUCUUGGCCAAUGCCCCAGCCAUCAAUACCCCCCAGUUAUCCCCUGCAGACUUUUGGCCGUCGGUGGUCAUGGGCAACAUUGCCGCACCACCACAGUGCGUGUUCCUGGAGUACCAAAAGGCAAUCGUUGCGGAGUGUGAUCCUCAGGAUGGCGCAAAGGAUGGUCUCAUUUCAGCCCCGGAGAAGUGCCAAUUUGAUACCAGCCAACUCAUUGGGCAGAGCAUCAACUGUACUGAUACUGGUGGACCUGUCGUGAUAACGGAGGACCUUGCCAAAGUCGUUGCAAAAACGCUUGAAGGCUCAAGAACGACAACAGGCAACUUCUUGUGGUAUGGGAAUCCGCCGGGCGCACCCUUCACCGGCCUCGCCAACACCAAGACAGUUAAUGGUGUCACCGUGCCUGUGCCAUUCGCCGCGGCCGAAGCAUGGAUGCGAUAUUUCGUAGCUCAAGAUCCAGAUCUCGACACCGCAUCUCUCACAUUUGCAGAGUUUGAGGAAAUUUUCAACGAGUCCGUGGCAAAGUACACGAAGCCUUUUGGAUCCGAUGAUUUCGAUCUCACAGAAUUCAAGCAAGUGGGCGGAAGGCUGUUGACUUGGCACGGCAUGAGUGAUCCGCUCAUCACCCAUCUCGGAACGACACUAUUCUGGGACAAACUUCAAGAGAGGAUUGGUGGCGUGGAAUCUCUGAAGAGCUUCUAUCGGUUGUUCUUGGCACCCGGGGCAGGACAUUGCGGUGGCGGGUACGGCCCUGUUCCUGUUGAGCCGCUUUCUAUUCUCGUCGACUGGGUCGAGACUGGCAAGGCGCCAGAUACCUUGUUUGCUGUGACGACACAGGAUGGUAUCAACACGACUCGGAAUCUGUGUCCUUAUCCCCAAACUAUCAAGUACAAAGGGACUGGGAACAUGAAGGAUGCCACGAGCUUCAGUUGCGAGUGAAAUGUGUAGAGUCAUGGUGAACGAGGGGCGGCAAAUCCAGGCCAUGGUUUCAGUUCCCGCAUGCAUGUAGUAGCAGGUU